AUGCCAGAGCUGGGGGAGGGUUGCUCUCAGCUGGUCGCCGCACUGCCUGGGAGCGACACCUACUACAUUGUAGUGUACCCCGUCACCACAUUUGUCGUGCCCGGCACUUCCAACAAAUUUGAGGGCGACAUUGCCGUGGGCAUGGACGCCCUCUCCAUAGAGAAGGUCAUGGCUGCGUUUGAGGAGAGCGGCCAGGUCCCCAGCAUCAACAGCAUCCCUUACGAGGCCCACUGGCAUCCCUCACCCUUGGGCCAGCUGUUCUACUACAGUCCCCCCCUGAGCACCCUCGUGGACAUCAGCACCUGCUUCAACGCCACCACUGCCCCCACAGUUGUGUAUCUCCUGGAUGGAGAGACCCUCGAGCAGAUCAGUGUGAGCGAGAGCGGCGAGGUGUGCGGCGACCUCCUGGACCAGCCCGUGACAGAGGGCAAGGCGUACCUGAUCCUGGUGACAACCCUGCGCCCCUCCGUGUCCCUCAGCCGCACUCCCCCCUUGGUUCUCAUGACCCUGGACAUCUCACCGGGGGCCCCCGGGGCAGGCGUGGCCCUUGGUGAGAUGGCCGCCGCUGGAAUUUCUGGCGACGGGUACCUGAUGGCCCACCAGGUGGGCGACGGGUCGUUGGUCCAGCGGGCACUGGUGCCCUCCAAGCAGUGA